UCAAUGAUGCAUUAAGUGUUAUUUGUUAUGAAAAAAAGUCAUAUAAAUUUAUAAAAAUCAAAGGGACCCCACCAGAGCACUUAUACUGACCGGUCCUUCGUGCAGGAGCCACCUUAACCCAGCUCUUCGAAAUAGUAGUAAUUUAUUAUAAACAACGCACGUAUGUAUAAACAUAGGCAAUUUCGACCUCGCUUGUUUAACCUCGCUCGAAUAGCCACGUGACAAAAUGUAAAAAUCGUCGAUAUAAAUUGUAGAGAAAAUAACAAGAUCCAAAAAUGUGCGACACACUUCUGGGGAAACUGAAGCAGAAUUAUGCCGACAAAGUUUUCGUUGACGAGUCGUUUAUCACGAAGAAAAGCUUCCUAGAAUUACUCGGGGACUCCCGUUGUGCGGAAGAGACCUCACACGCACCCUCCACAAUCGCAUACGCGAAGGCUAAUUUAUAUUACGCUUUCGCCGAAGAUGUACAUCCGAUGGAAAGGAUCGUCGCCGCUUCUAAGCUCUUCGAGGAGAAGAAGCUGCAAGCCGCGUCUCGCGAAGAACUUACGAAUCGAGAUUCUUAUUCGAAGGUUGAAGCUGUAAAUGAUUAUCUUAGAACUGAUCCGCCGAGUUUCGUUAUUUUUGGGAAACCUGGGUUAGAGCAUGCCAAUGUGGCGUCCGCGCUAGCCGACGCUUGGAACUGCGUUUUAAUUUCACCCAGGUCGCUGAUUCGGCGAGAGAUCAAGGCUGGUACUGACAAAGGCCGAUACGUGGAAAGAAUCUUGCGGCUCGGUAGAUCUGUAGGACCGGAGAUUCUCAUGAAUUUGAUACGCUGCAGAGUCGGGAUGAGGGAUGUCAAGCACAGAGGCUACGUCGUUGGUUGUCUACCGUUUAUUCCUAGCGACGUGAGCUUCGAUUAUUCAUCGCAUUACGAUUCUGCUGCGGAUGCGGACGACACCUGUCCAGAAUCUUGCGAAAACGAGCCGACUGAAUCCCACGAAGAUCGGAUUACGUUCGAUAAUUUAGGUUGCAAGGCGCGGUUUGAUUACGAGCGCGAAAUCCCUCGACAGAUCGACGAAAUAUUUACCGCGUGGCCGAGGAAACCUCUAAUAAUUAUUUAUCUCGUGUGCCCGAAGCGAGAUGUGGCGAAUAGGUGCGCACGUCGGCGCAUCAACUAUUUGACAGGUGAUAUUUUUUAUGAAAACGAACUGGCGACGCAGCUGCCCGAAUCCGAACGCGACGAAUCGGACACUUCGUUCGACUUCUCCCAGGUUGCAAAGGAACGACUGGUCGCGGAGGACGAUCGAAGAUUGGUGAGAUUAAUGUCCGACGCGACACGCAAUGUUGAGGCACAAUGUGAUCUUUACGAACGAGUCGCGUUGCGAGCAAUCGACAAGUGGAUCCUCGCGCACAAUCCCGAGCGUGUAGUCCGCGUGGACGGCCGUAGCUCCGUGCGACAAAUACUUGAAAUCCUCGAAAUGCGUUUGCGUACUUUGGCAUUGCUACCGUCGAUCCUCCCGAAAGAAAUGCUCGAGCGGAACGACGCACCUUCUCCGGAGAUGAAAUUGAGCGACGAGCUCGCGGAAAAAUCGGCUGAAGAGGCUUUCCAAGUUCUGAGACGGAGAGAAGUUGUGUCUGUCGGCUUUCCCUGGAGACUUUCCGCGUGGAACUUUUACUGCCCCGUCGAGCUGGCUCGAGGACGAACCGUCAAGGGACUCCCGAAGCACGCGGUGCGAUUCCUGGAUAAGAUCCAUUUUCUCUCCUCUCGAGAAGCCGUAAACUUGUUCAUCGAAAAUCCAAGAACUUUUUUAUCGCCGCCGAAUCCGCGACCGGCCUGCAAGGUAGCGGUAUUUGGGCCAAGAUACGCCGGCAAGUCGGAACUUAGCACAAGAUUGGCGGAGAUUCUCGGCGGAACGGUGAUAAAUGUGGAUGAGAUCGUGAGAGAACUUAAACAACGCCAAGAGUAUCCGUUUGAAGAAUCGUACGAAAACGUUUCGCUAGAGCCUAUCGACAUUGACGAGACGGCUGAUAUUAUUAUACGGAACAUUAAGCGAAUUCCUGACGAGAUGUUAGAAGACGAACUUCGAAGAGACGGCGGGUAUGUUGUCGAUGGAAUGUGCGUCGAUGUCCAAGUCUGGCGAAAAAUUGUUGACGACGCUAACAUUGUUUUCGAGGAGGUUGUCGUUUUGUUCGAGCAAGAGCCGUACGUCUACCUGCUGAACAAAUUUCGCACUCUCCCUCGUCUUGACGACAUAGACUUUAUAGACCCUAUAGACGAUACGGAGGCGGAAGAACGUCGAAUACUGCACGAAGAAGCGGAAUGGGACUAUCUUGAACAUUUAACGCAAUUCGAGUCGGAGUGGGCGAGAUUCGAGGAACAAAUUCCUGAAUUUAAAGGAACUGUGAUUAAGUGUAAUCUCGCGAGUAUCGAAAGCCCAACGGAAUAUGUAAUGAGUUCUAUUAGACAUCGUUUCAGUGUCACAACCGCCGCGAGCGUUGAAGAAAGAAAAGAGGACGAGACAUUGGAAGAAACAGCAGCCAUGGAAAACGAAGCAAAUUUGCGUGAUAAAGACGUUGAAGAGAGGGAAGAAGAAAGUCUCGCGUACACCAUCGAUCUCGCCACAGCCGAGCGGCUUCUCGACUGCGGCUACUAUUUCCUCAGUCCCUUCGGUCGAUGGUGUCCCGUGCAAACGUACGCCAACGCGGUACCAAUUUCAAUGUUCCUACCGAUGAAAGCGCGUGGUCAGAUUUUCCCGGUCGUACGCCGUCCGCAUAUUUAUUUUCCUGCGGGCGAGGAAGCGCUAUCCGCGUUUCUGAACGAUCCCUCCAGGUAUCUCGCGCGGGACGUCCGCCCGCCACUACUGCCGCUUCGAGUCUCCAUCAUCGGACCGCCGAAAUGCGGAAAGACGACGCUGGCAAGCCGCUUCGCGAAAACGUACGGGAUGAAGGUGAUCACUCGCGGCGAGGCGUUGCGCCACAUGCUGAAAUACUAUCCCUGGACCGAGUCGGCGCGAUUAAUCGAAGGUCAGCUUCGAGCAGGCCAAGCCGCACCGGUCGAAUCUGUGACGCGUGCCGUCGAGAUGUUCUGCAUAGGACCACGCGCGGCAACUCAAGGUUACAUUCUGGACGACUGUCCUUCGUCUCGUAAGGAAGCCGAGCAUCUAGCCGUCUUAGGAGUACAGCCGAUGAUCGUGCUUGAUCUGAAGGCGGAUUUGGAGUUCUGUCUCGAGUGCCUCUCCUGGGACGACGACGACACAAGGAGUCCGUUGAAUUUCUCCGCCAGUUUCCUGUCGCGACGUUACGAGGACUGGCGAACGGGCCAGGCGAGUUUUCGAGACUGGCUGACAAGGUUCUCGCAGAACGUAGUUGAAUUGGACGCCACCAGAAGUAAGUGGCACGUGUGGACUCGCGCGGAUCACGCGGUGCGCUCGCGAUUCGCCGACAUUGCACUUUAUUUUCACGAGGCGAACCUGGACAAGGUUCAGAGUUUGGAGCACAUGUGCGUAUCGCCCUACGAGUUUCGAUCGCGACAGAGCCGAUACGAGUCGCACUGUCCCGUUUGCUUGUACCGCGAUAACGUCCUGAAGACACCCGGCCAAUCGGUGACCAGUCGAGGAAUGGUCCAGUUCAGGGAGUAUUUUUAUUGGGUCUGUCCGCGACACGUGGGCGUCUUUGUUAAGGAUCCGCUGCGCUAUCUCUCACCCGUUACCGCGUCUCUCCUCGACGAGCGACCUCGGAUUCUGCGGGAGACGGUCGAUCCGGAGCACGCUUGUUGGGCGCAACGUCUCCGAGUCGACGGGUUGUGUCUGGUGACUUACGUCGACGGCCUGCCGGAUCGCAAGCUGACGCCGGGCAGAGUCGACUUGGGUGUCAUCCUCAAGGACAAGGUGUAUCUCUUUUGCAGCGAGGAGUGCCGCGACAAGUUUCUCGCGCGGCACGAUAAAUACUCCGAAAUGGACAUCGCGUUUCCUCGCCAACUCCCGCCGAUCGACGUGCGACGUCUGCCGAAUCUGGGCUUUCUGGAGCAAACGGUGGCGAAAGCGCUGGUCGAAGCGGUGAAUCUGAUCGCGGCUCGUCGCCCGAAGAUACUCGGCUUGUCGGCGGCUGUUAGCGCGGCGAUUCACAUCGGCGUUUACUUGAAGACGCGCAACGUGACCGGCGCCGCGACCGAGGUGAAUGUGUACGAGGCCGCGAGCAAGCGAAUCGCGGGACGAAACAGAAUUGUAGAGAUCGCCACUGCCACCAUGAAGAGGAAGCUUAAUCCCUAUGUAUCCGUGCCCAAAUAUUCCGAUUAAAUAGUUCGUUGUAUGUCGUCGUCGCACGUGGACACGUCUAAAAUACAUAUUUGUAUGUUCCGCGAAACGUCACCC